GUCAGUGGAGCUGCCAUAUUUUUUAGACAGAGACCUGCCUGCCUGGGGGGUCAAACGCAGGGGGUUUCUUUGGUUUGGAGUGAUUUUUGGAGGUGUGAUACAAGAUGUUUAGUAAUAAAUAAAUGGUGCCCGUAAUAAACAAUUAAGAAAUUUGUUGGAGCUGCCGUGUGCAGCAGAUUUAUUUUCCCGUAAUGACGUGGUGGAAUAAAGAGAUCGAAACUGUCUUCAACGAUGAUAGAAGCAUCUUUAAAAGAUCGUGGUAAAGAGACAAUUAAUUAACAAACAAUCAUGUCGGAACCACCUCAUCAUUACAGUCACCCUCCACCAGAUAUAAUGCCUAAAGGACUUGCUAUAAACGGUGUGGGAGGAAGACUUCGUCAAUUAGAAGCUCUAUUCAGUGGUGGUCCAAUUCAAGGUGGAAGAUCUGGUCACACGUUUUCCAUCGAAACUCUCAUUGAUAUCUUAUUAGUUUUAUACGACGAGUGUUGCAACUCUUCUUUGCGUCGAGAAAAGACUGUCUCCGAUUUCAUUGAGUUUGUAAAACCUGUAGCCACUUGUAUAAAGAGUUUGCAGUUAGCGCGUGAAGAUUUUGAGAUUAUAAAAGUAAUCGGAAGAGGUGCGUUCGGGGAAGUAUGUGUAGUUCGGAUGCGAGGUUCAGAUAAGGUUUUCGCCAUGAAAAUCUUGAAUAAAUGGGAGAUGCUCAAAAGAGCUGAGACUGCAUGUUUCAGAGAAGAGCGUGACGUUUUAGUUUAUGGAGAUCGACGAUGGAUAACAAACCUUCAUUAUGCCUUUCAAGAUGACAAUAAUCUGUACCUGGUCAUGGAUUAUUACUGUGGUGGGGAUUUAUUAACUUUACUUAGCAAGUUCGAGGACCGACUUCCAGAAGAUAUGGCUCGUUUUUACAUAGCGGAAAUGGUGCUAGCCAUAGGAUCAAUUCACGAUUUGCGAUAUGUUCAUCGAGAUAUUAAACCUGACAAUGUUCUACUAGAUGCUAACGGACACAUUCGAUUAGCUGACUUUGGUUCUUGCCUACGAUUAUUUGAAGAUGGAACUGUUCAAAGCAAUGUUGCAGUCGGAACGCCGGAUUACAUUUCUCCAGAGAUUUUAAGGGCAAUGGAAGACGGACAAGGAAGAUAUGGUCCCGAAUGUGAUUGGUGGUCUUUGGGUGUCUGUAUGUAUGAAAUGCUUUAUGGAGAAACACCUUUUUACGCUGAAUCUCUAGUCGAAACUUAUGGAAAAAUUAUGAAUCAUAAGAAUUGCUUUGACUUCCCCACGGAAGACAUAUAUGACGUUUCUGAAGAAGCAAAAGAUUUAAUGCGAAAGUUAAUUUGCAGUUCGGAAUUUAGACUAGGACAAAACGGAAUUGAAGAUUUUAAGAAACAUCCUUGGUUCGAAGGAGUAAGUUGGGAUACUGUAAGAGAUAGUACGGCACCUUACAUUCCUGAAGUUUCUUCGCCAACAGACACUUCAAAUUUUGAUGUUGAUGAUACAGACGUUCGUAGUUCUGAUGCUGUUCCACCCUCUGCCAAUUCGGCUUUCUCUGCUUUACAUCUGCCAUUCGUUGGCUUUAGUUUCACUCAAGGAAGUUGUAUAUCGGAUUUGGGUUCUAUGCUGGGAAUUACACAAAAAGAUAAGAAUCUCAAAAUGUUGCAAGAGGAGAACGCGCAAUUAUCUCAGACAAUUGCUGAUCUAAAGAAUCAGGUCACUCACCAAUCGCCUACAAUAUCACCAGAUUCAAAUAAUGCUACUAGGAAACUCCAGGAUGAAAUAAACACACUUACUAAACGAAAUUGCGAAUUAGAAUCUCAAUUAAAAUCUCUGGAAGUACCUCGAGAAUUACGUAGUAUAGACAAUGGAGAAUUAAUGAAACUUCGUGAAUUGGAGAAAAUGGUACGAACACUUAGAAUGGAAAAAGAUGAAGCCGUGAAAGAGAAGCAGGACGUUCAGGAAAAAUUCAAAUCUCAAGAUAAAGAACUCAAAGAUGCUUUAACUCAACGCAAAUUAGCAAUGGCAGAAUACACAGAAGUAACUGAUAAAUUAUCCGAACUGCGACAGCAUAAGCAAAAAUUAUCAAGACAAGUCCGAGAUAAAGAGGAAGAAUUGGAAGUGGUUAUGCAGAAAGUUGAUAGUUUGCGGCACGACAUUCGAAAAGCCGAGAAACUUCGAAGAGAACUCGAAAAUAGAGUUGAAGAAGCAAUGGCCGAAACCAGUAAAGAGAGAAAACUCCGAGAGCGUAGUGAAGAAUAUUGUAAACAAAUGCAGGAAGAAACUGAAAAAAUUAGACAGCGCUCAGCUGGAAAUGAUACAAGUACGAAUAAUGCUCUUGCGACCCAAGAGAUUAAUAGACUUAAGGCGGAAGUUGAGAAGCUUGAAGUUCAAUACAAUGAGAACUCGAGUCAACAACAAAGUAGAUUUAAUUUAGAAAUCCGAAGUCUUCAAGAGCAGCUGCACGAGGGUGAAGUAAAGAGAGAAUUUUUAGAGCGUGAAGUUCAAUUGACAAAGGAUAAAUUAGACGCCGCGAGACUCGAAAAUAUUACCGACAGUGAAGAAACAAUUAAUGAAUUAACGAGGCGACACGAUAGAGAGAAGAUGAUGCUUGCCGAGGAGAAUAAGAAGCUUUUACUCGAAUUGAAUUCUGUUACAGAUACUGUUAAUAGAAUACAAUCAGAAAGGAGGCAAAUUGAGGAAGAAUACGAAGAAUUGAGAAAUAAAAAGGAGGCAAUCGCCCAGUGGGAGGCUCAAAUAACAGAGAUUAUUCAAUGGGUUUCAGACGAAAAAGAUGCUAGAGGAUAUUUACAGGCCUUAGCUACGAAAAUGACCGAGGAACUAGAAUUCCUUAAACACUCUGGUGGAGUCGGUGGCGUUGGUAGUGUUUCCACAAUAACAGAUAAGAAUUGGAGAAAUCGAAGAUCUCAAAAGUUGGAUAAAAUGGAACUUUUGAAUCUUCAGAGUUCGUUACAGAGCGAAAUUCAAGCCAAGCAAGCCAUCUCAGAGGAACUUACAAAGACACGAUCUGAUUUAAUAGCUGCACAGAAGGAGCUACGUGAUUUUAAGCAACGGCUUGAUUGUGUUUCACAUGAAAUGAAGCGUAAAGAGUUGCAAAUAAAAGAACUACAGACUCGACUUGAGACUGGCGAUAGCUUUUUGGAACGGCCUACCUCCCAAAUGUCAUACCUGGAACACUUCUUGAAGGAAACCGCCAGUAGUACUCGUCAUGGAAGUGUGGAUAGUGUAGAAGGUGACAUUGAGGACAAUCGAGCUCCAAGUAUCACAAGCAGUAAAAGCAAUCUCUCCGAACUUAGUAUUGAUCCAACUUCUCCUUUAUCACAUGAGUUACUUAAUAAGUCUUCAUCUGUCCACAAUCAACCAAACGUACAACCAAAGCCAAAAUCUCAUCAGUUCCUGGUACGAACCUUUUCAGCUCCGACAAAAUGCAAUCACUGCACUUCUCUAAUGGUUGGUUUAACAAGACAAGGAGUCGUUUGUGAAGUUUGUGGUUUUGCGUGUCACAUGCCCUGUUGCGACAAAGUACCUCCAAUGUGUCCUGUUCCUCACGAUCAGACUAAACGACCGUUAGGAAUCGAUCCAACCAGAGGCAUUGGUACUGCCUAUGAAGGUUACGUGAAAGUCCCUAAAAUGGGUGGUGUCAAAAAGGGAUGGGUGAGGCAGUUUGUAGUCGUUUGUGAUUUUAAAUUAUUCCUUUACGAUAUAUCACCAGACAGAAAUGCGAUUCCUUCAGUUUACGUCUCGCAAGUUUUGGAUAUGCGUGAUGAGGAGUUUAGUGUGAGCUCUGUGCGUGAUUCUGAUGUUAUACAUGCGACAAAAAAAGACAUUCCAUGUAUAUUUAGGAUAACAACAUCCUUACUGGAACCACCUGGAUUGCGGAACCAUACGUUAAUGCUUGCUGACACAGAAAGUGAAAAAACUAAAUGGGUAGUGGCCUUAAGCGAACUUCAUCGAAUUCUCAAAAGAAAUAAUCUCCCUAAUACAACAAUAUUUAGAGCUAAAGAAUUAUUGGACAACACUUUGGCGCUUAUUAAAAAUGUGAUGUCAGGAGCAAUUAUAGACCCGGAUCGUCUAGUCAUUGGCACGGAAGAAGGCUUAUUUUGUUUAGAUUUAGAUCGUAGUGAAAUAGCAAGAGUCGGGGAAGGGAAAAAGGUUUAUCUUCUCGAAUAUGUAACGGAGGAGCAAUUGAUUGUAGUACUUAGUGGAAAGCAGCGACACGUUCGCUUAGUUCCUGUUCGCGCAUUAGACGGAGAUGAAGUCGAAUGGAUCAAAGUGGCUGAAACUAAAGGAUGUAUAACUUUAACUACUGGAGUAGUGCGUCGAAAGCCUUUAACUUAUUGUCUUUGUGUCGCAAUCAAGAAACAGAAUGCCUCGCAAGUCAUUAUUUACGAGAUAACGCGUACAAAAACGAGACAUAAACGUGUUCGCGAACUGAUGUUGCCUUGUCACGCACAAACGUUGCAAGUUCUCUCCGAGGGAAGACUUUGUGUUGGAUACCCGUCUGGUUUUUCUAUAUACAGCAUAUUGGGAGACCAUCAACCUAUAUCAUUGGUCCACCCGGAAAACACUCUUCUGGGAUUUUUGACUUAUAGCGCUGUCGACGCUUUACGUUGUAUUGAACUGCCAAAGGGUGAAUUUUUGUUAGUUUUUCACACACUUGCAGUUUACGUUGAUAAUCAAGGAAGAAAGAGUCGAGAUAGGGAAAUUAUGUAUCCCGCUGUUCCUACAGCAGUCAGUUGUUGUGAAGGUUACUUACUCGUAUAUAGUGAAACUCAUAUCGAUGUGUUCGAUUGUACAACCGGUGAUUGGUUGCAAACAUUAAAUGUUAAGAAAGCCAGACCUUUAAAUACUUCCGGAUCACUAACCACGUGUGCCAUUAACGACAUGUCGCACGUUAUUUAUCUAAGCAAUUUACAUCAACGUGAAUUAUUAAAUCUAGCUCCAAUGGAAACAAGUGGCAAACAAAUGACUCGACCAAGAAGGAGAUUCUCAUUGAGAGAGGGAAACAGAGCUGCUCGACCUACAGAUCGUCGUUCGAAAAUGAUAUCAGCACCUACCAAUUUUAAUCACAUCAGUCAUAUGGGACCUGGAAAUGGCAUUAAACACUUACUUGAUUUGCCAACAACAUUGGAAACUGCUGAUCAACCGCCUCCACCUUACAAUGCAGCUGUAACAGGACAUCAUAGUGGAGCUCAAUUCCUCAGCAGUCAACAAAGAACAUACAGUUCAGGAUUGCAAGCUCCCAAUAAACCAGCACCUUUGCCUCCGAGACAUCCUCCUUCUGACUCCAGGCGCCUUAGCUCUCACAUGUCAAAGCACUCGGGAUACUCGCCACACAAUGGUUCAACUUCUGCGCGAAGAGGUCCAGCUCCUCCGAGACCAACAGCUACACCACCAUCGUUACCGCGUACGCCUGAUCAGGUUGAUUCUGAUUCACUACAUAUGCGAUCACAUACUCCACUUUCCCUUGGCAGCAUUUCGUCCCUACACGAUAAAGAGCCAGUAUCUGGUGGAAGUCCUCGACAUUCGAUAGCUUCAAAUAAUAGUUCAAAUCCAUCAACGCCUCCGAGUCCAGCGCAUGAUCAUGGAUCAUCGUCCUAUGAUUCAUGAACGUUCAAUUUAUUAAGGGCCUAAAAAUAGAGUUAAAAGUUUCUCGCCAUGUUUGAUUGUACAUGAAAUUCUAAGCUUUAGUCACAUUAUUAAUUUGAGGAGUAUUCAUUUUUAUUUGAUUUUGUUACUUUUUGGUUCUUCUUUUGUCGUUUGUUUAAAAGGUUAACAAACUCUUUUUUUUGUUUUUACUAUGAUGAAUAGAAUAUGACAAAGCUUUAACGCUUAAAAGCGUUUAAAUUAGAUUAUCUAUUUAACCCACUGCCAAGCCCAAAUUGCUGCCAAUAUUGUUUGCAGUUAGCAUACGUAUGCAAUCUACAAAAUGAAAUUCGAAUAAUGUAAACUGAUUUUAAAUGACGCAUAAAAAGUUUGUGUUUUUUGUGGAACUUGAAAUUAAAUUUUAUCCACAAAAUUUAGAAAUUAAAAGCGAGUAGAUUUUAUAUUGUGUGGUCAAAGUAUGCAAUGUGCAAAUGGCACCGGGUUAAGCAACUCAUUUUACAACUCAUUUUUCCUUUUCGUUGAAAUUUUACCUUAAAUUAUCUCAUUCCAUAUUUUAUUAUUAUCAUGAUGAAAUAUGCAUAUUUUGUUAAAAUUUUUUUUUAUUAACAAAAAAUGUAAUUCAGCAUAAGAUUCUGAAGGUAUCCCAGUUUUUUUUACUAUAGAUACUUUUUUUACUAUUUUGCAUCUCAAAGAUGUAGUUUGCUUACAAAAAUCAAUGAAAUUUAUGUUUAAACUCUUACAAAAAAGACAUUUCAUGAAGAAAUAAAUUUGAAACUUAAGCGUGCGCUUAAGUGAUUAAUUCUUUGAAUAAUUCUAGCAAAGAAUGAAAUGUACAUAAUUUAUGUAUUUAAAUCAUUAAUAAGCAAUAGCUGCCGUAGCUUACUAGCAAAGUCAUAAUUAUUGUCAAGCAUCGGCUGGAGUUGUUUUCUUUUUCGUUUUAUAUAUACUAUAUAUAUAUAUAUAUAUUUUUAUUUUCUAUUUUCUUUGAAUUCAUAUUUACAAUUCAAUUGCUUUUUACCGAGGUAUAAUGCUUUGAAAAAUAUAUUUACACGUUGACAAAUUUUUUUUAUAAAAUUUAAUUAAUCUUUUACCGUCGCGACGACGGUAGGGAUUUUUCGAAUUAAAUUUCAGAGCUAAGUUUAUUUAUCACUGUGAAUAAUGAGUCAAGAAUAUUAAGUGCAAUUUGUCAGAACCUUAUGCUGCAAAUAUUUAGGAUUAUAGUUCGAUUUAGGAAUAUCGUCAUUGUUCUGAAUACUUAAUAAUGUACGAAUUGUAUUAUUUUUUAGUUGUGAAGGAAGAGUGCAUGACGUAGAGGUCAAUUCAUAUCGAUUAUUUCUAAAAACUUUAAUAAUUAAUAACAAAUAUGAACAUAAACUUACUGACAAUAGAAUUUUUUAACAAUUUUUUACAAGUGUGUGCGUAUUUUUACAAAUUUUAACAUAUCAGAUUUUUUAACAGCAUUAAUGCAUUGACAAACUGAUAUUGAACGUCAUAUUUUUUAUCACGAUUGGCAGUUUUAAACAAAAAUACUGUAAUUUAUAUAAAUUUUUUAAUUAUCAAGAAUCUACAUUGUUCUAUACGAUAGUAAACGAAAAGGCUGUACAUAAUAGAAAGCAUAAUAAUUAGGUAUAAAGUUAAAACUUUAUUAAAAUUUGUACUUCUUUAUAAUAAUCUUAAAGAUGGAUAAGAUUUAGAAAAUAAUCGAGAAAAUAUGAAGUAUUAUAUUUAGUAGACUGAAUCUUCGCUUUUAUUUUUCUCAUGCGCUCUUUCUUGUCACAAAAGUAUUAUCUGAAUUUUCUAUUGCGUUUUUUUUAUUAUUUUUAAUUAUAUACAAAUUUUCAUAUUUAUAAUUUUGCAGUUACUGCAAAGUAAAGAAUUCUGUUUGCUUCCGAAACAUAUUUGAAUAAAUAAAAGACGAAAAUAAAGAAUAAUUCAUAUAUUAUACACUGCUAUAGUCAUAAAGAAUAGAAUAAAAUUUAACGAAUAUAACAAAUUUAACAAAUUUAACACUCUUAUACAUAUAAAAGAAAAAAAACUAGAAAGGCCGUUAUUAUAGAAGAAACGUUAACAUAUUGUAUGAAAUUGUAAUACAUAGUACUGACACACCGCUACCCAUGAUUAUAUUAUUAUUAUUAUAAUUAAAAAGUAGAAUUAUAAAUCCGAAAUUGAAUUAAUUUAGAAGGCAGUUAAAGAGAAUUGGAUUAUAUAAUUUUCAAGUUCGUGUUAUAGUACAUGAAAUCGUAAGGAAUUUCUACGGAUUUCUAUUCCAACCCAUCUUCCGUCGUUGUUAUACUUACUUGAGGGUUCUAAAAUCAAAAGUGUUACUAUAUACCUAAAACUUUGUAUCUUCGUCAAUUUGAGAAAUUUAUUGCUCAUAAAACACGUUAAUCGAUAUUCGAAAUUUAUAGUUUUACGUUUCUAUUUUUGUAUAUACAUAUGAUAAUGUAUCUAAAAUAUUUAAUUACGAUCAUUCUAUAAUUUCCUAUGUACUUCACGAACUUUAUCUGAUUUUAGAUCCCUAACUUAUACGCUUUAGAGUGCAUCAAAUAAUCUUGUGCGAGCGUGUUGCAAAACUUUAUCGAUAUAGUUUUUAUUGUAGAUCAUAUUGUAAAGAUAUUUUUUUUUUUUUUUACUUUCUUUUACUUUCUUUUACUUUUUGCGUUUAAAUCGUACAAUUGUUUUGCAUUCAUUGCAUAAUUAUCUAGUUUUCUCUUGCAUUCUAAUAGUUUUUUUUCUUAUUUGUAAUACCGUAUUUUAAGAAUUAUAAUAAUCUGAUUUUAUUAUUCUGCAUUUUCAAACGCAUAGUUGUAGAAAAACUUAUUUAUAAUAUUUGUGUAUUGUUUAUAAUAUUUAUUAAAAGAAAUUAUAAAUGAUAUUCUGUUAUGACAGUA